AUGCUUCGACUCGCUGCCCUCUCCCUUCUCUCCCUUAUAUUCGCCCAAUCCCUCACUCUUUACACCGGCGACACAGCUUCUACCGCCACCUCAACAGCAUCAGCAGCAGAAGGUACAUAUACCGGAUUAGCAGCUUACGAUCCAACAGUCCUUACUCCACCUACACCACCCGAAACGCCAGUCACAUCCUAUACACUCACGUUACCUUCCAAUGGACAAGCCGUCCUCGACCAGGGUCUAUCCCUCUCGAUAGCCCAGAAAGGAAACUUCUUAGGUUUCAGUGUGGAAUUGUCCAUCGCGAAUAGCUUAAUGGGAUCAAGUUCGACGAACAUGAAAGUUCCCUUUUUGAAUUACAUGGCGAACAUUCAAAAUCGUGCGGGUGUAGGACCAGUUAUCAGAGUUGGUGGUAAUUCCCAGGAAGGAAGUACGAUCUUCACCGGAGGGUUAGAAGAUGGUGCCGUGUUGGAUAAGAUAAAAGUCUCAUCGGGUGUUACCGACACACCUCUGAUCAACUAUUCACUUGAACUAUUUUACCUCAUGGCCAAUAUCACUUCCCUCGUCGGAGCAGAUUGGUAUUUCGGUCUAUCAUUCAACGAAUCUGCUGUAGACUCGCCAACGGGUAACGUCCCCAUCGCUGCCAAGUGGGCUCAGGAUAUACUCGGUGAACAUCUCUUGGCGUUGAGUGUAGGAAAUGAACCUGAUCUAUACGUAGAUCACAGUAAACGAGAAUCCGGAUGGGGCGUAUCCAACUACGUUACAGAGUUCGAUACGAUGACUCAAUCGAUUCUUGCCGAUAACAACCUGAUAGAUACUACUGCCUUCAUCGGUCCUUCCACGUGUUGUCAAGUGGAAGGGUUUGAAUUGGACGAUGUUUUCAAUGCCGGUUGGUUGACGAGCAAUGUCGAUAAUCUCGCUGCUGUCUCGGUGCAACACUACCCCACGAACAACUGUAAGAUCAACGGAAACGUCAUCGACCCUCAAUCUAUCUUUUCGGAUUUCCUCAAUCAUACUUCCGCCCAGGCUCAGGUUUCACCGUAUUUGACCAACUCGGAGACUGUCCUUGGCGUUCAGAAGGAAUUCAUCAUGUUGGAAACUAACACUGCUUCGUGUGGUGGGUUUGCAGGAUUGAGUGAUAGUUUUGGAGUAGCCUUGUGGAUGGCCGAUUACGCUCUUCAAAUGGCAUGGGGUAAUUUCACCACCGCAUUGAUGCACGUCGGUGGACAGAACGUAUACUACAACCCAUUCACCCCACCGCCAUCGACCGAAGCAGCUACCAAACAGUGGACUACCGGAUCGAUCUACUAUUCAACCCUGGUCAUCGCGGAGGCAUUCGGCAAAAGCAAUCAAUCGAAGGUUGUUGACAUCUCACCUUCUACAGAUUCAGACGCCAAUAACAUCUAUCACCCCAUAUAUGCCAUUUACGAGAACGAUGCACCUACCCGUGUGGUCCUGUUCAAUUACAUUGACGAUAGUACCGGUGCUAACGAUCUUCAAACUACCAUCAAUGUCGGUACUGCUACUUCGUCCGUCUCCGUCAGAUACCUCAGAGCAUCAAGUGUAUCUGAACAAUACAAUAUAACUUGGGCGGGUCAGACACUCGGUACCUCAUUCGCAUCUGACGGUAGACUUUAUGGAGAACAAUCGACUGUGACAAUCCAAUGUACGGAUGGAAAUUGUGUUAUACCAGUCUAUGCCCCCUCGAUAGCCCUGGUAUUCUUGACUGAAGACGCACUCAGUAAUUCUACACCUUCAGCGGAUGCCAAGACGGAAUAUGAAACUAGUAUCGUUGGAACGGGAAGUGCGACGGUCGAUAAACAGGCACUGGAAACUUCGAAUGGACAGAGUUCGAGUAAGAAUGGUGGAACAUCCAAAGGAAAUUCUUCUGGUGCCAUCUCAAGAAUUACCAACGUUUCGAGAACGACAACGGGGUUGGUGCUUGCUUUAACCGGAGGUUUGUUGGCUCUGGUCUUAUAA